GGUGUCUAUAAUAAAAUUACAUGCGGGGAACUGAGGAAAAGGGGACUGAAAGGAGAGGAAAAUAAUCUCUUAAAUAAAAAACACCUCGAUGCGAGAUCAUUUCAUAAAAUCCGUCUGGUUGGAUAUACUCCGGAUAAUAGUCGUUACCAUUCAGAGAGGCGUACCUGGGGUACUGGUACAUUUUUUCUUGGUUUUCCAGCUGGAGAUAACUGUAUUCCUGUCUAGCGGAUUGGAGUGAAAGUCCGCCAUAUUUUGUCUCACCACGCCCGGGAGUAGAGCUAUUGAAAAAAAGCUUAUAUAUUUAUUUAUGAUUUUUGUCCGCAUACAUAAACGGGAAAAGGGAUUUUUGGACAUUUCGUCUUUGUGAAGAAAUCAAGCGAAGAAGAUUUCAAGGAAACAAAUAGCAAGAAUGCAAAUCCUUAAUAAGAUCACAUAGGAAGGCUACAGAGGCUAGUGCUAAAAAGGAUCUGUUGCUCAAAUUGAGAAGGAAAAGCUGAUUAGCUCUGUUAGGCUUUUCCUCUGGAUUCGGGGGGUGUUAAGGCCCAGGUUUGUCUGCGGACUGCUAGAAAGUGAAACGAAACGGGGGGAGGGGGGCUACCAUUUCACAAAUACAUAUUUUUCGUUUUCCACCUUGGCUCUCUUGUAAUCGUGAACGUGUCCAUGUUUUUUUCCGGCAGCUGGACUAAGGUGUAUCUUCCCAACACUGGCAAAGGCUUUUGAUGUUUUUGUUGUAAUUCGACUCGCCACUUUUUUUGUACUGAAUAUUUGAGCAACAAGGCGAUAGAUAAAGCGAAGGUUUUUUUUUCGGUGAAAGAAUGACUCUGGAGUCCAUCAUGGCGUGCUGCCUGAGCGAAGAGGCUAAAGAAGCGAGGCGGAUCAACGACGAGAUCGAAAGGCAGCUCCGCCGGGAUAAGAGAGACGCUCGCCGGGAGCUGAAGCUUCUACUCCUCGGUACUGGAGAGAGCGGGAAGAGCACCUUCAUCAAACAGAUGCGCAUCAUCCAUGGCUCUGGUUACUCAGAGGAGGACAAGCGCGGCUUCACCAAGCUGGUGUACCAGAACAUCUUCACCGCCAUGCAGUCCAUGAUCCGCGCCAUGGAUACACUCAACAUCCCCUACAAAUACCAACACAACAAGGGCAAUGCCAACAUCGUGCGGGAGGUGGACGUGGAGAAGGUCACUGUGUUUGAGAACCCGUACGUAGACGCCAUCAAGUCUUUAUGGAAUGACCCAGGAAUUCAGGAGUGCUACGACAGGAGGCGAGAGUACCAGCUGUCAGACUCUACCAAAUAUUACCUGAACUCCCUGGACCGGAUCUCAGACCCCGCCUACCUGCCCACCCAGCAGGACGUCCUGCGGGUCAGAGUUCCCACCACGGGGAUCAUUGAGUACCCCUUCGACCUGCAAAGCGUCAUCUUCAGGAUGGUGGACGUGGGGGGUCAGAGGUCAGAGAGGCGGAAGUGGAUACACUGCUUUGAGAAUGUCACCUCCAUCAUGUUCCUGGUGGCGCUCAGCGAGUACGAUCAAGUUCUUGUAGAAUCAGACAAUGAGAAUCGGAUGGAGGAGAGCAAAGCCUUAUUUAGGACAAUAAUAACAUACCCCUGGUUUCAGAAUUCCUCAGUGAUACUGUUUUUAAACAAGAAGGAUCUUCUGGAAGAGAAGAUCAUGUACUCUCACCUGGUGGAUUACUUCCCAGAGUAUGACGGUCCUCAGCGGGAUGCGCAGGCCGGCAGGGAGUUUAUUUUAAAAAUGUUUGUGGACCUGAAUCCAGACAGUGACAAAAUAAUCUACUCCCACUUCACCUGCGCCACCGACACCGAGAACAUCCGCUUCGUCUUCGCCGCCGUCAAGGACACCAUCCUGCAGCUCAACCUGAAGGAGUACAACCUGGUGUGACGGAGUCCGAGGAGUGACUGUGAUAUCUGUGAAAAACGAAACUAAAAAACAAACCACAACAAAUAAUUGCAUAAUACUAAUUUAUUGCCGUCCGGGACCCUGUGUUCACAGAGUCUAUAGUAAAUAUUAUUCUAUUUAAAAGAAAAAAAUAUAAUUGGAGGAGUUGGAGGUUGCUGUUGAGUGUUUGCGGCAGAGUUCCUGUUUUUUAUUUGGUUUUUUUUUUUUGUUUUGUUUUUUUAGGAGAAAUGUUGUGAAUUUUAUUUUUUAAAAUCUGUUUUGUGCACUCGAGGGGUCAGGAUGCCACCUUCUUGGAUUCUCCUGA